GCCUUCCGACCGAAAAUUGCUCCAGGUAGCAUUGCUAUAUAUUCACGGUACGCGAAAAAUUCAAAUUUCGGAGCGACAUUGACGUACCAGGCGCCCAGGCGUUUUGUUUAUCUACUCAAUCUGAUCCAACCUAGCCCGACUUCAUUGCUGGGCAGGGAUGCGCACGCGCCGCUCGCAUCCACGCCUGCCAGCUAUUCAACAGGGGCGCUCGGCGGGGCCGCGCGACGUGCGUGUUGCGUGUUUGCAUACGUGCGAAUGAACGAGUGAAGUGCCGUGGAUCUUCGGCGUUUCGUGCCGCGACAAAAGUUCCGGUACGCGAAGCGUCGGGGUGUUCGCGCGCGACGAAAACGCGAGUCGAACGGAUUUCGAACCGCGCCCUCCGCCCCUCCCCCCUCUCUCGUGAGUCAUGGCUGGUAUUGUACCGCUGUCUGGUAGAUCCGGCAGAAAACAGUGGACGCUACACGAUGGGCCUAAAGGUUCUCUUAGACGAUUACGCUCCCGAUUGGCAGAAGACGGCUGUCCAGAGUCUCAAGUGAUUUUAGCUAAGCAAUUGUUAGAGGAGCAAUGUGAGCUUGAUGUUGAUAAAGAAGAGAACGCAAAAUUGGGUGUUUAUUGGCUGACGAAAGCCUCAGAACAAGGAAAUCUGGAGGCGACUGACAUUCUUAGAAAGUGCUUGGCAACCGGUCGUGGUAUCACGGAGCAUAACUACUACGACGUGAAAAAUUGUUUAGAUAUGACACAGGAUGAGAAAUUGGCUAGAAGAGCGGCGAGAGAAAUGUUCAUGAGCUUAUCAAACGGCGAAGAUUUUAUAACUACGGAGCAGCUACAAAAACGUAUGAGAAAUUUAUCGACUCCAUCGACUAGUAACAUCGAUUAUUUUCAUUCUAAUAAUACCUCUAGCAACUCGUCGCAAAAGGGACUGAGCGAUAAUGAUAAUGAUUGCUUCCCAAAAAAUGGGCUUCCUGAUGAUUCCCCGUCCACUAAGGAUGAAGAUCGAACGAACGACGUUCACGGUUGGUCGGAUCAGGGUGAGAAGAUUACAGAGGCUGCUCUAGUGUCCGCGGCUGCGAGUUACGCGCGUGGAAUGCUUCCGAUAGUAUCGCAUGCUCUCUGCAUGGUGGAUCCCUCUGACUUGGCGCUGGAUACGAUACCACUACUGCAGAGACCAUUUAUCCAUCCAUUCGCAUCGCUGAAACGUCUCUACAGCUGGUUGGUCGAAACUCUGGGUCACAGAGGAACAUCGAUCAAAAGGAUUCUCUUUACAUCAAAUUUACAUAUUUUCCUAUUACUCUUACUGUAUUCUUUGUUCGGCACGGAGAGCCUAAUACUUUUUAUACCAAUGGCUCUCUACUAUCUCUCGUUUAUAGUCAUGGUAAUAGCCACCUUUCAAAUGCUCCAACGAAAACGUGAGUUCAAUGAUUUUCGCGUGUGGUCGGGCCUGUUUCUCAGUUACUCGGGUGGAAAUCUGAAUCCCGAGGAAGCAGAGUAUCAAUUCUGCCGCAACAACCUAAAACCGUAUGGACAUUUCUUUCUCGCACUGUUGCUGAAUUUGAUGAUCUACCCUCUGAUAGCCCAUCAAUGGACUCCACAAUCUGAAUUCACUAUAAUAGCGGUCACGCUCACUCUUAUUACGCUCUGCAGCUUCAUGUGGAGGGAUUCCUCGCGAUUUCCUGAUUUUCUAGCUCUCUUUAGUUUCGGCGUGCAUGUACUUGCCAAGUAUCCGUACGAAACGGAUAUAGUUGUGGCGCAAAGUUGGAGAUUCUUGGACAUUAGAGUGCCAACAUUCGCCUCUUACGUUGUCGGCAAUGGGAUAGAAUUUUGUCUAAAUUUCCGCGGUUUUUAUCUCUUGAUACCGGCAGUCUUCGCGAAAAUGGCUGGAAGAGACAACUGGCGCGGCACGUACCAGAUUUUGAUACCUCAUUGCGUUACUUUGAGCUGGUGGCAAAUUGCGGUCUUUAGUUCUCAAGGUGCUACAUGGUAUGGCUUGAUCAGAGGCGCUCUCGCACUAGUUGGCAUGGUUCUAUUUCUUCCAAUCGCCGGUAUAGCUUCCAUCAUCUUACCGAUUAUAGCCAUUGCCAAAUACUUAUCGGAAAAUGAUCUGGCCAUGAGGAUAGCGAUUACUACUGUACUCGGAGGAAUGCUGUUUUUUGCUUCAUGUUAUUUGAGGAAAACCAGAGUAUCGAGAUUUAAUUGGAUCAUUACUGUUAUACAAAUUGUUCUUGGCGUUGGCGCUGCGACAUUUUUAUCGUGGCCGAUGAUAAUGGAAUAUAAUCCGGAUUCUUACGAUGCAUCGUAUGACGUUGUUUCUACUUUAACAUGGGAUCAAUAUCAGAAUUAUUGUCACCAACCUGCAUGGGAAGAACUAUCGUCGAAAGCGCAAGUACAAGUGCAAUGCGCUCAAUUGGAAGGCAUACCUGUCUCAUGGGAAGGCUACGUAACGAAUAUUAGAGUAAAAGCGAUAAAAAACAAUAUUGGAAUUAUAUUAAACAAGCUACCUGACAACAUUAGAAUAAUACUUAGUUGUAUGUACGGAGAACCGUAUGAAGAGAAUUGCAAUUCGGGUGAUGACAUUCGCAGGAAGAAUUGUAAACACAUCACGAGUACUCAAAAGAAAAGAAACAAAUGUUAUAUUUCAGCGUGGAAUCAAUACGAAUUUGAGAUAUUCGUUAAGAUGAAAAAUGGUAUAUGGGGAAGUACCACGGAGGUACGUCUCGUUGCGGACCAUUCUUUUACUAAUUUUAGUCUGAAUAUAUAUCCCGGUGACAAGAUUUGGUUUUCCGGUACGCUUUUAAAUAAUGGCUUAGAAACAGAAUCUCUUCUCGGUGGUGCCGUACCGCACAUCGAUUUGGAAGAAGUAGGAUGUCUUGCAUGCAAUUCCGUUGAUUUGAAAACAUCUUAUAAACGUUAUAGGUAUCGUGUAAGUUUAAGAUCUAUUAUCAGGGAUUUUUGUCUCAGUAUAAAGACUGUAUUGAAUUUUCUGUUAAAUCCGAUUGUGAUGUUCAAGUAAUUCUGAUGAUUAAAUAUCUUUAGAUCUCUCUAGCUUUUUAGACCUAACGUAGUGGUGCUAUUUUGAUAUCUAAUUACUAUCAUAGUUUGUUUACCAUGAUUUAUAUUAAAGAAAAAUUACAUUAUUAUUAGAAUUUCUAGAUUGAACAAAUGAAAUUUGGAUAUAAAAUGCAAGAUUAAUUCAUCGAUAUACCAAGCAAAUACAAUUUUAAACAAAUUUGUUAUCUAUAUACUUACAGUAUAAACUGCAACAUGUUUAUCUUAUAGAUGUCCUAAAACAUUUCGGCAUUGAAAAUUUAUUAAAAGAUUUUCAUUUUCACGGCAAAUAUUUUAAUAUGAUACAUUGUAUUGUUAUUAUAACAAACUAUUUUUUGCAUUAUAUUGCAAACAUACUGCGCUGUACAAAAUAGCAUAUUAUAUGAUAAUAUGCUAAUUAUGGUAUAAAAAAACUAAAAGAAGAAACUGUUAUGUAUAAUAAAGCAGAAUUUCCUUAAUGUUUGACAUGCAUGUAAAUAUGUGUGUGAUAUGAAAGUAGAAAAUAGUUCAAAUAUCUCAAUGUUACCGAAUGCCUCAGGCAAUACAUUAAUAGAUACAUUAGGCUUUCAUGGCCAAGUCAUAAUUCGCUUCAGAGUAUUAUAUACGACAUAUAUUUUAAGAUUUAUAUAAUUUUCCUAAGCAUUACUGCCAGUAAAAAGAAAAAAAAAGAAAAAGAGAAACGCUUGAUAUUUUUGUAUUCCGUUUUCGGAGAAUGAUAAGAUAUCCCUUUGAUCUUGUUUUAAUAUUGUAUGUAGUAAAAAUUGUAUUUCUCUUAUUCUAGAUUAGUAUGCAUACAUUACAUCAUGAUAAAGUUUUAAUUUUAAGCAAAGUAGGGCAGUAUGCAUUUUAGUGUACAUAACAUUAAAAGAAGAAUGUUUCAUAAAAAAGUUUUGUGUAGCAUUGUCAUAUAUGAAAAUUCUAUUAAAGUAUAUCUCAAUAUCUUGAAAUUCAGUUCUAAAUAUUGCAGCUUUUAAAAAACACUGAAAAUAUAUGUACAAUACAAACAAUAUAUGUACAAUACAAACAACAAUUCACUAUCACAUUAAUGUUAAGUGUUUAGAUCUACAGAUUACUAACAAACAUAUCUAUCUGUAGAGAUAUAAGAACAAUUUCGUGCGUCAUUGUAUUACUCAAAGACAAUAGGAACCAAGAUCAGUAUAGUAGCAAAGAGAUAAAACAGAUAUAGAUGUGCCUUGGUGUUUCCGUUUGAAUGAUUUUAAUGUUGAUAAUAAAAGUAUUCUAUUUGCUUCUUCAAAGCAAACAAAUGGAUUAAAGCGUUAAAACAUCAUGAACUUUCGUAUUCUGAUGUGCAGAUGUAUAUUUUUGUCAUGAACAAUGUAUAUUCAGAAAUAUAGCAUGAAAUUAAAAAUA